AUGGAGAAAAAGCCCCAAGCGAAUCACCGCGCCCUGCUCAACGAGGGGAAGGAGGAUGAGAUGGAAAUAUUUGGCUACAAGUCCCACUGGUUCCGGAGGGCCCUGUGCAUCGCUGGCCACCUCCUGUCCUGCGGGGCUCUCCUGCUCGUCUUUUACUGGAAGCCGGCGUGGGACGUCUGGGCGAACUGUGUGCCGUGCGACUUGCAAGAGGCAGACGUGGUGUUGCUCAGAGCCACGGAUGAGUUUCAGAGAUACACGAGGAAGAAGGUGAUCUGGAUUGACUUGUCGAAACUUCUGGAUGAAGAUAAACUGAAUCGCGUCCUUAGUGCUGACAAAGAAUGUGUCCUAUCCAAAGCUGUAAUGAAGCCGCAAUUGAAAGUGAGAUACAUCCGGGUACAAAAAAUCCGCUAUCUAUGGGACAUCUCCACAAAACAGUUCCAUAGAAUUGGGUCACUGGAGGACAGCAACACGUGUUAUGAAAUCCAUCACAAGUUUGCUGAGGGGCUGACCACGGAAGAGCAGGAAUUCCGGAAGUUAGUUUGUGGGCCUAACACCAUUGAAGUGGAAAUUAGCCCCAUCUGGAAACUGCUUUUUAAAGAGAUCCUGAACCCCUUCUACAUCUUCCAAGCCUUCACCCUGACGCUGUGGCUGGUCCAAGGCUACUUAGAAUAUGCCUCCACCAUCAUCCUCCUGUCCAUCAUCGCCAUCACCCUCACUGUGUACGACCUGCGGCAGCAAUCCAUCAAGCUACACAACCUGGUGGAAGAACACAACAACGUCACAGUCACAGCCUGGAUUAAAGAUGAAGGUCGCCGUCAGAUGAAGUCUUCUUCCUUGGUGCCGGGAGACAUCCUCCUCUUAGAAGGCCAGAAGCAUUCCCUGCCCUGCGAUGCUAUCCUCCUGGACGGCAGCUGCAUCAUCAACGAGGGGAUGCUGACAGGUGAAAGCAUCCCAGUGACCAAGACCGCCCUGCCCCACACGGAAAACACCCUCCCCUGGAAAAUGCACAGCGUGGAGGACUACCGGCGGCACGUCCUCUUCUGCGGCACAGAAGUCAUCCAGACCAAGCAGACCGCCAAAGGGCCCCCCAGAGCAGUCGUGUUGCAAGCAGGCUUCAACACGGCCAAGGGAGACCUGGUGAGAUCCAUCCUCUACCCGAAGCCCCUGAACUUCAAGAUCUACAGAGACGCCUUCAAGUUCAUCUUGGGCCUGGUCGUGAUCGCCAUCCUGGGCAUGGUCUACGCCAUCUAUGUUUACACCAGCCACAAGCAACCCGGAUCACUCACGCUGGUCAUGGCCCUCCUCCUGCUGACCAUUCCGGUGCCCCCGGCCCUCCCUGCCGCCCUCACCACCGGCAUCGUUUAUGCCCAGCGGAGGCUGAAGAAGAAGAAGAUCUUCUGCAUCAGCCCUCAGAGGAUCAACAUUGGCGGGCAAAUCAACCUGGUCUGCUUUGACAAGACUGGCACCCUGACGGAAGACGGCCUGGACCUCUGGGGCACCAUCCCUUGCCCACACGGCAGCUUCCAGAAAGCCCACCGUUUCUCCUCUGGCCAGCCCGUGCCCUGGGGGCCGCUGUGCCAAGCCAUGGCCACCUGCCACUCGCUGCUGGUCCUGGAAGGGAAGAUCCAGGGGGACCCGCUGGACCUGAAGAUGUUUGAGGGCACUGGCUGGGAAAUGGAAGAGGCCUCUCCAGAGCCCAGUAAAACCAGCACAGCGGAUGAGCACACCGUCAUCAAACCAGGACCAGACGCUGCCCCGGCCUCCGUGGAAGGGAUGGUGGUCUUGCACCAGUUCCCUUUCUCCUCCACUCUCCAGAGGAUGUCCGUCGUUGUGCAGGAGGUGGGGAAGGACUCCUACGACCUCUACAUGAAAGGAGCUCCAGAGAUGGUGGCCAGUUUUUGCACAGAGCAGAGCGGUAAGGGUGGACUUCCUCGCGAGCUCCAGGGCUACACCUCGCAAGGCUUCCGCGUCAUCGCUCUGGCCCACAAGGUGCUUGCCGUGGGGGAGGACGGCGAUCUGGCUGGCCUGGAAAGGGAGGAGGUGGAAUUUGGCCUGACCUUCCUGGGCCUGCUGGUCAUGGAGAACCGGCUGAAGAGCGAGACCAACCCCGUCCUGGAGGAGCUCAUGGCCGCCCGCAUCCGGACCGCGAUGGUCACAGGGGACAACCUCCAGACAGCCAUCACAGUCGCUAAGAACUCUGGCAUGAUUUCCAACAGUAGCAAAGUGAUCCUUGUGGAAGCCAGUGAGCCGGAGGGGUCGAUCCCAGCAUCCCUUACCUGGCAGCUGAUGGAGGACAAGCACCCACACCCCGGAGAGGGGAAAGACUUCUGCAUCCCCAUCGAGGAGAAGGCUGAGCCAGGCACAGACUUCCAUUUUGCCAUGAGUGGGAAAUCCUACCAGGUCCUCACCAAAUACUUCAGUGGUUUGGUCCCAAAGGUACUUCUGAAUGGGACGGUGUUUGCCAGAAUGUCUCCUGGGCAGAAGUCCAGUCUUGUGGAGGAAUUUCAGAAGCUGAAUUACUAUGUGGGGAUGUGCGGAGACGGAGCCAACGACUGCGGGGCUCUGAAAAUGGCCCAUGCCGGGAUCUCCCUUUCGGAGCAGGAGGCCUCGGUGGCCUCGCCCUUCACCUCUCAGGUCCCCAACAUCCAGUGUGUGCCAGAGCUGAUCAGAGAAGGCCGAGCCUCCCUCGUGUCCUCCUUUGCGGUGUUUAAAUAUCUGACUGUUUACGCCUUAAUCCAGUUUGUGGGGACAUCCCUGCUUUAUUGGCAACUCCAAAUCCUGGGGAAUUACCAGUACCUCGUCCAGGAUAUCGGCAUCACCAUCAUCGUCUCCCUGACAAUGUGCUUGACCCACGCCUACCCCAAGCUGGCCCCCUACCGGCCCUCCGGCCAGCUCCUGUCUCCGCCCAUGCUGCUGUCCAUGGUCCUCAACGUUUGCUUCACUGUGGUGGUGCAGGUCGGGGGCUUCCUGCUGGUGAAGCAGCAGCCCUGGUACAUGAAGAUUCGCAGCCACAGAGGAUGCCCGUUAGCCAACCAGACUGUGACCCCAGACCUUGGCAAUGGGACGGCCAACUCCACGGAGCCCGACCACCAGGUGCUGAGCUACGAGGACGUCACUCUCUGGCCGCUGGUCACCAUCAACUGCCUCAUCGUGGCCUUCGUCUUCUCCAAGGGGAAGCCUUUCCGGAAGCCCAUCUACACCAACUAUGCCUUCAGCACGGCCCUCUGCCUGCAGCUCGGAGUCGCCCUUUUCCUGUUCUUUGCUGACUUUGAGAGCAUCUACAAGGGCAUGGAGCUUCUCUGCACCCCGAUGAUCUGGAGGGUUUACAUCCUGAUAACGCUCGUGGUCUUGUUCUCUGUCUCGUUCUUCGUAGAGGAUGGGCUCCUGCAGAACCGCCGCCUGUGGUUGUGGAUCAAGGCGCUGUUUGGGUUCCGCUCCUCCAGCCAGUACCGGGUCUUGCAGAGGCAGCUCCUCCAGGACCCCAGCUGGCCUCCCGUGAACCGAAGGGACUUUGCAGAGCCCGGCCAGGGAGGGGCCUACGUCAACCCCGCCUACGAGGGGGAGGAGUCCGCCAAAAAGUAG